AUGUCUUCAUUACUCGAAUCUCUCGGUCUCCGCCAUGAAGUUGCCCUCGUUGCUAUUGCGGCGGGUAUCUUCUGGUUCGUUGUCUAUGAAUGGAUGCGCAAGAGUAAAGCUGCCAAACCUGAAAUACCAGCAUGGAAAACUCCGUCACCCAAACCUCUUAUCGACUUUGAUCUGGACAGCAAAACCCCCCAGUUAUACCGACCGUGUCGUCAUGGACCAAACCACGUCACCAUGGGGAUCCGAAAACUGGACUGGAACAAUUGGAUUGAGAUGGACUCCAACUUCCUUUGGUAUCACGAUCUCAAAGUCUCUGAACUAAACAAGGAUAUUGACGCUCAUGUUCAAUAUGUCGAUAACGCUGUCACUAGAGAUGCCUGUUUUGAGGUCUUGGAAGAGUUGACUGCGUACCUCACUGCACGAUACCCCAAGAUCUUUCAACUGAACAACGGCAUUCUGCGCAACACUCUUACCGGCGAAACAUUCGACUACCCAGCCACCUGGGAAUCGGCCAACAACAAAGGACUAACUAUCGACGAUUUGUACUUCCGCUCUGAGAGACAAUCUCUUCGACGACUUCCUCGAUCCAAGGCUCUCUUGUUCACGAUCCGUACAUACUUUGAGCCCAUUACCACAAUUGCACGGGAACCACAUGUUCCAGGGCGCUUGGCGGAAGCGAUCGACAAUUGGGAUGAAGAGCAUUCGACAUACAAGGGCAAACAUAAUUGGGCGAAUAUUUUGCUGCCGUAUUUACAUGAGCAAGAUGAGUUGCAGAAGAAGGCGGGAGUUUUGGAGAAGAUUCCGGAGGGGAGCUUUCCUUACUAA